AGAUAGUGAGCUUGAAAUGAAAAUCAAUGGUCUUAAACAUGUGACGAAAGUAAUUGUAUUUCUUGAUUGCUGCUACCCAAAGAAGUUUAAUCUGGGCGACAAAGCGGUAUUGCAGAUCAAUGCGGUAACAAGCCGACAAAAAGCUAUAUGUGGACAAGCAGGUAGCCAGUUCGUAAAUGACAUUGUCGAUGUAUUGACAAAACCCUGGGAAUGUAACUGUUGCAAAAAUAGACCUUUAAUAAGAGAUUAUGACAUACACAGGCAUUUCAACAAUCACCUCAACUGUUUGCCGACAGAAACGUCACAACAUUCAUACACACAAGGGGACAUUGAUCACAUUCUAACGUUUAGAGCAGUUGACCCUGGAUGGCAGAAAGCGUUGGAUGAAUCAUUAGAAAGCAGCCCAUUCCAAAAAUUGAGAAAUAAGCUAUUUGAACUGUACAAAGAAAAUGCAAGCACAUUAAGAGUUCGUAUUGACAUUGAUGAUGCACUUGAAAAAGUAUAUGAAGAGCCUAAACUUACUUUAAAGGAAAAUGGAAAAGAAGAAAGGCCUAUAGAUUUAAAUAACAUUUUUCGAAGCAAAGAGGGCACGAUGGCUAAAACGAUAUUUGUUGAAGGAGAGCCUGGCUCUGGAAAGUCCUCGCUAUGUAAGAAGAUCGUUCAUGAUUGGUGUGAAACAAAACAGCAACGGGAGGGGCAGUCAACGGAUAAAUGGAGUGAAAUGUUAAGUCAGUUUGAAUUCGUAUUUUACGUUAUUCUCCGAGAGGCAAAGGAUGAAUGCAACAUCUCGAAUAUGAUAUUGAAAUAUAUUAUUGGCAGGAACAGAUUAGAACAAGAAAGCGAAAUAAUAUUGCUUUAAGACAUUUUGGAAACCAACACCUGUCUGCUAUUGCUUGAUGGCCUAGACGAAUGGCAGCAUCCUGAAAGGUGCACUCUGAGUGAGAAAACUCCCCAUGUUGAUACUAGUUGGAAGAAAUGUACCCUAUUAACCACAACUAGGCCGUACAAACUGGCUGAGCUAAAAAUAGACUGCUCUAAGAUUGGGAAUAACGUGAUGUUGAAGGGAGUUACGUAUCCUGACAAACUAAUUGAAAAAAUAGUUUCUAGAUUAAAUACCAUUCACGGCACAACAAAAUUAAAGGAUCAAUGCAUCACGGACAUCAAACAAAAGCGUAUGUGGCAUUUCAGUAAAUGUCCAAUCGUGUUAUCUCAUAUCGUUUGGCUUUGGUACAAGGGAAAACUUUCGGAAGAUAUGAAACGUUCUGAUCUUUACAAAACCUUGCUGAAGGAACGAUGGUUUGAAUCAUGUGAGAAGAACAAAUCAUGUACUGAAUCCAAAUACAGCGACAUGAUAAAUGCUCUGAGCCAAAUAGCAUUUGAACAGUUAUUUGCUAAAGAUGAAGAUAGUUCAAUUGUGUUUGAAAUAAAUCAGGAGGAGAAUACGAUCUUCAAAAAUCAAAAAGGUGCAUCGUUAGAAUCUGGCAUCAUAUCCUGCAUCAAUGUUCCUGGUGAAUAUUCUCCGAAAUACCACUUUUUGCACAAAUCGUUUCAAGAGUACCUAGCGGCGCUGUAUUUAUCAAAAGACAUUUCAACGUCGAUCUUGCAUAUCAAAAAAACAUACCAAAUUUACAGAAGUGAAAGCGGAACUAGCUUGUCCGAAGUUUUAAUUUUCCUUUGCGGUUUGAAUUCCAAAGCUGCCGAAGAACCUUCGAGAAUAAUGAAUGAGCUGUUCACUGAAUUUUGCGAAAGAGAUAGUAAUUAUAGUUAUGAACUAGUAAAGUUUCAGAAAAAGAUCAUUCAAGGUCAAAUAGAGCUAAACAGGGGAGAAAGCUCCGGGGUGAAAUUAAGUCUACAGCACAUGUAUCUUGGAUAUGUAGGCGAGCCAAACAGAGACGAAAAACCCGUCAUUGAAGAAUAUAUUAAGACAAACCAAUCAUACAUAGUAUCAUUGUAUAUAUUUCGCAAUCCCGAACUGGCAUUGUCUUUAGCGAAGAGUAAUGACAACCAAGUUCUUGAUUUAGAGAAUUGGAGGGGUCUGAAGUACUUCGGAUUAAACUUAAGCGUUUUCAAAGAUGUCGCUGGUUUGAAUGUGAGUAAUUUAGUAAAAUGCGAAAUACAAUUCAGUUCUCCCCAGCAAGCUCCGAACCUCGCAUCUUCAUUCUACAACUCUGAUAUGAAAACAAUGAAAUCACUUCAAGUGUCAAACUGUACAAACUUGAACUGGCUACAUAAAGAUCUAGAACCAAAGGGAAUCCUUAAAGUUGUGAAGGGAAAGGUUUUGAAAUGGCUACAUCGACAGGGCACUCUUAAUUUACGACGUAUUGAAAACCUUGAACACCUUACCGAACUUGGAUUGGAAGGACGGUCGUACUCAGACGUGUUGAAUCUGCCAGUGUCGAGACUAUACACACUUAGAGUUGAAUUCAUUAAGCUACAGCGAGCACCAAAGCUGAUGUCAUCGUUAUUACCACAGGGAAUAUGCAAGAAUGAGCGGGAAGGUCUUUUCUCUCUCCUGAAGUACGUAUACUUGGAACGUAUCCGCAUGUCAGAGGAACAGUUUAGACGACUAUCGCAGUCUUUCAUAAAAGCGGGAGGUACGUCAUUGGUGUUGCGGGAAUGUUCCAUAGAACCGGAAGAUGAUGUACCGCAGGAUCAGAAUGAUAGCGAGCAGCAGGAAGUAUCAUCUGAGUGUACAACAAACAUUGAGCUUUUGUGUCUCGCCAUCACAGUAGAGGGGUUUAUUCGUCUGAUUGAUUACGUGACCAGAUGCGGUAAAUCCGUGAAAUGUGACUUGGACAUGAUCACCCUGGAAUCAAACCCUGCUGUUGAACAACCAGGCUUUCCGACGGUGGUUCCACAUCCCAUCUCAGCUGAUUAUACCACGGUGUUGGAACUAUCAUGUAUUAGGAUGUCAACAGAACAAAUUUGUCAAAUCGUCGGUAGGAUGAAUCAACUCAACCAUUCAGUAACAUUAACAUUGUUUUGUUGUACCGAAAUAUCAGACGAAUACAAUCCGCUGAGGAACCAGAUGGUACCUCCACCAAGCCCGUCACAGGACUGUACCAAACAUAUUAAGAUCGAAGACACGGACAUAUCGGAAACAUUGUGUUUGUAUGUUGCUUCCAGUGCAAUUUAUUAUGGAUACACGUGUGAGAUUUCAUAUUGUGAUAUACUGCCCAGUGAAGUGCCGCAUUCAGACAACCUUUACUUUCCUCAGAUGGCUUUCAACCACUCACCUGCUCAUACAGCAAAACUCAGACUUGAUACCGUAUCAAUACCACAGGCCAUAGUUGAGCGCCUCGCUCGUCAAGCGGCAGUAUCUGGACAUUUGGUUGAGUGUGUGUUAGACAAGUGUAGUGUAUGGCCUCCUCCGGAUGUCUGGCCAUUGAAGGAGAAGAUGGAGGAAUACCCUUCCAUUUAUUUCGAGACAUUCAAGUUUGAACCAAACAACAACGACGGCGACAUAUACAAAUCUGUGUGGCCCAAAAGUUAUAAGGCGGACCAAACAUGGGACAUCCGUUUUAAAGUAAACGCAAAGAAGUCUGCACUCACUGAGUCCACUGCAGAGAAGCCCGAAGUCACGGAAUGUACACGCAUGUAGAACGGACGUCGGAAUGUUUGACAACGACAAUGUUUGAUCACCACGGAGAAUUCAUUCAUGCUAAGUGUUAUUAGAACGUUUUACGAAAUUCGUGCCUGCAAUCUGGUAUUAGAGCUCAAUAAUACAAAGUGUACAAAAAAUGCAUAAUUGGUGCCUGCAAUAGGGAUACUUAGAGUACAUUCAUACAAAGUGUAUCGAGAAUUGCAGGAAUCGGGAGACCGGGAGAGCAUUCAUACAAAGUAUAACGCGAGAGACAUUUUGUGCCUGAAAUGGGGAGACGGAAGUGAUUUGGAGUUAUUUUUGUAGAUACUUAAACGAGUUGUUUUAGGGUGUGUUCCUGUAAAUACUUUCUUUGACAGUGUUUUCACAAUGUAUAGACAUAUUCCUUUGUUUGUAUCAUUUGCACCAAGUUUUAAAAGAACGUAUUAAAGGUUGACAAUGAUAUAAGUUCUUUAUUAUAGGAUGAAACAGCUAUACUUUCUUAAUUAUAGCAUUUCCUUUUGGAACCCUUUAUCAAGUGUUCUUCUUUAUUUUGGCCCCCGUUAUUAAUAGUUAUUUUUUGCAUUUGGCCCCCUUCAUCAAGAUUUAUCGUUUCUAUCUGUCCACCUUUAUCAAGAGGUAUAUAUUUCUAUGUUGGCGAGUUAUCGUUUCUAGUUGAUCCCCUUUUUCAAAAUGUUCCUGAGCAUUUCGCAUUUGUGUUUACAUAUGGCAUCCAUAAUCAAGAAUGCUAUCUUCUAUUUAGCCCCCCCCCCCCUUCCUUUAUCAAGAAUUAUUCUUUUGUAUGGCCUCCGUUAUCAAGAAUGUUAUGUUUCAUUUAGCCCCCCUUUAUCAAGAGUAGUUUUUUUUCGUUUUGGUCUCCAUUAUCAAGAAUGCUAUUUUCCAUUUGGUCACCUUUAUCAGGAGUGAGAACGAUCGGUGGAACAGCCGGACAUUGGACUUUGACCAUUUUAUAAAUUAAUCACCCUGAUGUAACAAAGACGCAAAUUUUCAUACUUGUUUUUGAUACUGAUAUGUUUUAUUUAUGAUAUUGAAUGUAAGAUGUGCGUGUAUUAUUGAUUUUUUUAAUAAUCAUAAUGCUUGUAAAAGUAGUUUUGUCGUUUUGAAGGUAUUAUCACAAAUAGUAAUCUUUACUUAUUGAUUUGAGUUUAACCUGUUUGUUGUGUAUUGUUUGAGAUUCAACAUGAACAACAAAAUAACCAAUUAACAUUGUUUGUUUUCUUGGAUACCCACAUUGGUAUUUACCAUUGGUUUUAAUAACAUCUCGAGGCUGACAUGGGACAUUUAUAACAAUACAAACUUUCAGAUAGAGAUAUGAUUAAUCAAACGAUUAAAAUACCUCUCUUUCAUAACUACAUUCAGAUAUCAUAGAAUAAAAAUAGUGUGUUUUAAGAUUACAUAUACAGUAUGUAUCAUUGAAGGAAAAGAAACAAGCAAAAGCGUGUAUAACAUACUGUCUGCUAUAUACAUUUUUCCAUGAUUCAUUUUUGUUUUCUUUUAUUUAUACAUUCAUGAACAUUGUUUCAAUAUCCUUUAUCAAUCAGAAUCUAUUGAGACAGAAAUAAUUGUGUCGUUAUGUUCCUAGUCAUAAGUUCUGAUAAUGAUAAAUGAUAGUAGAAUGCUUUGUACAAUUUGUAAAUAUGUUUUAUGAUUGAACAUACGUUAUUUUGAACUUAAAACAGGAAGAAAUGAAAAAUAGUUCUAACUUCUGUACACGUUUUGAUGCAUUUUGUGUUAAAUAUAUUACUUACAAGAAUUUUAACCAAUUUCCAAUUUCUUUCAAUUGUAGUUUUCUUUGGAAGUAAUUAAUAGUAAUACGUAAGCGGUACGUGAAUUGAAAGAUCAUUGUAUGAUUACUUUUUAGCUUUGAAUAACCUGUGAAAAUCUUGUUUUGGAACAUAAUUGAAUUCAUGACGAAAAACUUUAUGAAAAACUGAAAGAAAUCAUUAUGUACACGUUUCAUCAUUACUUAUUAAGAAUAUCUCUGUAUAUACAUUAACCUUCGUUAUUCAUAUCAGUUGUAAUAUGCCCAUUUAAAUAAGUACAUUGUUCAUUUAUUCAACUGAUUAGACGGUACAUGUAUGUUCUAAUCAUUGUAUGAUGUUUUGUAUUUUGCGUUGUAUAACUUAUGAUCAAAGUUAUUGGAUGAGUUAUUGUUAUCUUAAAGGGAAAGACGCAUUGUUUUAUUGAUAAAGAAUUGAAUUUAUAACAACAAAAAAAUCAUGAAAACCAUGACACCAUUUGUAUUUUGCUUUGUAUAACUUGUGUAUAUAGCUAUUGGAUGAGUUAUUGUUUUCUUAAAGGGAAAGACGCAUUGUUUAUAUAGAAUUGAAUUUAUAACAAAAAACCUCAUGAAAAACACAAAUAUAUCAAUAUGAGAACGUUUAACUUUUAUGGAAAUUUCUGCAUAUAAUUUUAAACCAUUGUUAUUCAUAUCGAUUGUAGUAUGCCCAUGUAAAUAAGUACAUUGUUCAUAUGUUCAACUGAUUAUACGGUACAUGUACGAACUGAUUAUUGUAUGAUGUUUUGUAUUUUGCUUUGUACAAGUUUUGAACAUAGUUAUUGGAUGAGUCAUUGUUUUGUGAAAUGGAAAGGCGCAUUAACAAAUGAAGUUGAAGGUACAAGAACGUUAGUUAAAUUGAUUGACCUUUCCAUUGUAAUAUAGAGUUCAUUUAUUGAACUUGGUAAACGUCACAUGGACGAAGGUUAAUGGUGUCUGUAAUUCAUUUACAUUUCCAUUGUAAUAUAGAGUUCAUUUAUUGAACUUGGUAAACGUCACAUGGACGAAGGUUAAUGGUGUCUGUAAUUCAUUUACAUUUCCAUUGUAAUAUAGAGUUCAUUUAUUGAACUUGGUAAACGUCACAUGGACGAAGGUUAAUGGUGUCUGUUAUUCAUUUACAUUUCGUAAGUUAAUUACUAUAUUGUUCAAUUACUGAACGUAGUCGACGUUACGUGAUUGUAUGUUGAUUGACACAAUAUGGUGACUGAUAUGUAUUUGCUUUCCCCAAUUGUUGUACUUAUAUUGUUCAAUUACUGAACUAAAUAGACGAACAUGAACGUAAGGUAAUGGUGUUUGCAAUUCAUUUGACUUUCCCAUGUUCAUUUUUAUUUUGUUCAAUCAUUGAACUUAGUAGAUAUAACAUUAACGUACAAUAAUGGUGUCUGCAAUUCAUUUAUUUUUCAAUGGUUAAUUACUAUAAUGUUAAGUUUAUAAGCUUAGCAGAUGGAACAAUAACGUAAGUUAAUGGUGUCUGCAAUUUAUUAACUAUUCGCAUAUUAAUUACGAUAUUGUUCACUUAUUGAAAUAAGAAGACGUAAUAUUAAGGUAGGAUUAUGUUGUCUGCAAUUUAUUAACUUGUCAUCAGUUAAUUACGAUAUUGUUCAAUUACUGAACGUAGUAGAUGGAACAUUAACGUAAGUUAAUGGUGUCUGCAAUUUUUUUUCCAUAUUACUUACGAUAUUGUUCACCUAUAGAACUAAGUAGACGUAAUAUUAACGUAGGCUUAUAGUGUUUGCAAUUUAUUAACUUUAUAUAAGUUAAUUACGAUAUUGUUUACUUAUUUAACUACGAAGACGUAAUAUUAACGUAAGCUUAGUGUAUCUGCAAUUUGUUUACUUUUCAUAAUUAUUGCGUUUCGA